GCCUCGCCCGAGGAGCCGCCGCCUCGCGCCCGCAGGCCCCGCACGGCCCCGGAGGACUUCUAACCCUGGAGGAGUCUCCUCGCGUUGCUGGUAAUUGGCACCCUUCCUCGACUGACCAUGGCGACUCCCGAUGUGAAUGUUCACAUGGAGGAGGUGGUUGUCGUGACAACACCUGACAAUGCAGUUGACGGCAGUGGUGUGGAAGAAGUGAAAACCGUGCUGGUGACUACAAAUCUAGCUCCUCACGGGGGUGACCUAACAGAAGACAACAUGGAAACUGAAAAUGCAGCGGCUGCAGCGGCUGCUGCCUUCACAGCUUCCUCUCAGCUGAAAGAAGCAGUCUUAGUGAAGAUGGCUGAAGAAGAGGAGAACCUGGAGGCCGAGAUUGUUUAUCCCAUCACCUGUGGAGAUAGCAAAGCCAACCUGAUAUGGAGGAAGUUUGUGUGCCCUGGCAUCAACGUGAAGUGUGUCCAGUACGGCGAUCACGUGCUAAGUCCGAAGGAGUUUGUCCACCUGGCUGGCAAGUCCACGCUAAAGGAUUGGAAGAGGGCGAUCCGCAUGAAUGGGAUAAUGCUCAGGAAAAUUAUGGACUCUGGGGAACUAGACUUCUACCAGCAUGACAAGAUCUGUUCCAACACCUGCCGGAGCACCAAAAUUGACCUGUCGGGAGCCAGAGUGUCUCUUAGCAGUCAGACAUCAACAGAGUACAUCCCUAUAACCCCUGCUUCUGCAGAUGUGAAUGGCUCUCCUGCGACGAUCACCAUAGAAACCUGUGAGGAUGCUGGGGAUUGGACCACCACCAUUGGAGAUGAGACGUUUGCCUUUUGGCGUGGACUUAAAGAUGCUGGCUUGCUGGAAGAAGUGAUUCAGGAGUUUCACCAAGAGUUGGUGGAGACCAUGAAAGGCUUACAGCACCGAGUUCAGGAUCCUCCCUUACAACUCCGAGACGCCAUCUUACUCAACAACAUAGUGCAAAACUUCGGGAUGUUGGACCUGGUGAAGAAAGUCCUGGCUAGCCACAAGUGCCAGAUGGACCGCUCCAGAGAACAGUACACCCGAGAUCUGGCAGCCCUGGAACAGCAGUGUGACGAGCAUCGGAAACGAGCCAAGGAACUGAAGCACAAAUCGCAGCACCUGAACAACGUUCUGAUGACUUUGACCCCGGUCUCCCUCCCAACACCCAUCAAACGUCCCCGACUCACCAGAGCCACGUCAGGCCCGGCCGCCAUAGCCUCCCAGGUACUGACCCAGACGGCACAGAUAGCCCUCACCCAAGGAGUGCCGGUCUCUCAGCUUGCCAGCCUGCCACUCGGCAAAGUGGUGUCCACCCUUCCAUCCUCCAUCCUGGGGAAAGGCUCAACCCAGGUUUCUCCCGCCAACUCCCCGGCCUCACCUUUGUUAGGAGGCUACACCGUACUGGCCUCUUCGGGCUCCAAUUUCCCCGGCACGGUAGAGAUCCAUCCCGACGCUUCCAACCUCACAGUCCUCAGCACAGCGGCCAUGCAGGAUGGCAGCACCGUGGUCAAAGUGGUGAGCCCCUUCCAACUGCUCACCCUGCCUGGCUUGGGCACCACCAUUCAGAACAUGACCCAGGUGUCUCCCAGCGGGAGCACCAUUGUGACCGUGCCAUCUAGCACUAUCGAAAGCGCAGCGGCAUCAGAGGAGCACGCCACCACCAUCGAGGUGACCACAGUGGCAGAAGAGCCCGACCAGAAAUAAAGAGAAGGAAGGGUGAACUGGGAAGGAUCUCUGCGACAACAGACUAUGGCUCUGAGCGCUGCCCCGUGGCAGUUUGUGCCGAGGACCAGGGAAAGAGUGAAAGGGAGGGUACUCGGAAUCGAAACUUGGAAAUAGCUCGACCGAUGUGGGUAACAAAUGGGGCUGCUGAACCAAAGAGAGAGAAAAACACCAAAAAAGGGGAGAUGGGGAGGUGGAGCAGGACCGGGCAGAGGAGAUGAGUCACAGCGCGGAAAACCUGUUUUCAAGUUUUGAGCUCUUCGCCCUCUCUUCCUGGAGAGUACGUUUUUUCCAUCCGUUGCUUGUCAACGCCGUAUCGUGUUUAGACACCACAGAAAAAACAGAAGGUGAUGCGAGAAGCAAACCUAGAUAUAGCAUCAGGGUGGGUAAGAAGCAGGAAGACAUAAAAGAUUCAGGAAGUGUUCAGGCGGGUGGAGUCCCAGAAGGCCCUGGGAGUCUUCCUUGGCGCUCUCAGACCGAAAUUUCACCUGAUUUCUUGUGGCUGGGGCAAUGGAAGGCACACUGCUGCUUGUCCUUUCCUUUGAAUAGUAGAGUGAGUCGGACAGGAAAGAGGCCAAAGCUGAGAUUUGAGAGAAAAAAAUGGCAUGCGGGGGUCUUUGGGAGAGUUGAAUUUAAAGCGGCCCGGCAUCACAUAGGGCCCUUUCAUGUAUGCCAUUUACUAGUGCCUGGGGGAGCUGGCCCAAGCAACACAGUGCUUGUGGAAGUUGGCACUUGAAUGUGCCAGUAUUUUCCCAACUCAAAUUGAUGUCCUAGUCUGAAGUUGGAGAAAUUUUGAGGGGAAAACGGGGAGACGGCGAAGGUCAUCGGGACCGUGCCUUGAUGUGGAAAACCCAAAGAUCCUAUGGAUUUGGUGUCUUCCCGCAGAUUUUCUUUUUCCCCCCAUAGGUGUUAGUUUUGAUGCUUUGUUUUCACAUCCAGUUAAGUUCUGGAGAAGUUUUCCAGAACGGCAGAGGGGAGCUUCGAGAUUCAGGUGAAACCUACAGGCCCCGAACAAGCCACGCGGGGCAUGUGGUGACCACAGCGGGAUGAUGUGGUGACCACAGUGGGGUGACGUGGUCCUGGCUGGCUGGAGAGACCUUGCCAUGGCUAGGGGAUUCCAAGAUCAAAGCAGGGUGAUACCAAGGGGCUAUGCUCAGACUCAGUCCCCUCUGGUCUUGAAAAUAAACCUCUUAGGUCAGAUAGGCUCAUCUUCUAAUAAAAGUUGAUCAGUAUCACCUAGGGAUGUAUGAACUUGCUCCGUAGGGACCAACCCCUGAAAAUCCCGUCUGAGCAGAUGUUUCUUCAGCUAUGAAAAAUCGAGUUCUCAUUAUAACCCUAACUGUACAGGUGGUUUGGAGAAUUUGAAAAAAGAAUCACGCUGAUGGCUCAAUCCUCCAUCGUUCAGGGAAAGCCGAUGUAGUAUUAGCAAGUUCCUAGGGACACACCCUAGGAUUUUCUGUGUUUUCUAAAAAAAGAGGUAGGCUCUCUCUCAGCCUCAUGAAUAGAUUUGGGUAAAUCUUGGAAAUUCCAAGUAGAGGGGCAGCUUCGCUUUUCUGCAGCCCACGGCCCGCAUUGGGUGCAGAAACAAAGACCGGGAGAUCCCUGUGUUUAUGCAGAACUGGGUUCUAGAUCUGGAUCUAGAUCUAGGGGCCCAGGAUGGUCACCUUCACCGGGGCAUUGAGGAGCGGCAAACGUGUUAUUGCAGCAAUAAAAAGCUUCCGGAAGGAUGGCUCUAAAAUGUAAAUAAAACCUGAUCUUUUUGUGGCA